AUGGAAAUCGACCCCAAAGUUGUGGGAGGCUUGGUCUGCUUGUUGUUAGUUGGAGCUGGAAUCAAGGCAAGGCAAAGCUCAAAAGCUAGUCGGACUUUACCUUUGCCCCCCAGUCCACCAGCGACGCAUUGGUGGUGGGGACAUGAGGAUUCUGCCCACUAUAGGUGGCUCAAAGUUGAAGAGUGGAUCAACGAGUAUGGUCCUGUCAUAUCUAUCAGGCAAGGGAAAGAGACAGUCGUCAUCAUAGGCCGUCACCAGGCUGCCGUCGAUAUAAUGGACAAGCAAGGGGGCUCAACUGUUGACCGUCCUAACAUGGUUGCAGUGGCAGAUAUCCUGUCUGGUGGUUAUCGACUUGUCUUCACAUCUGGUGGAGAAAGGUUCAGGAAAAUGCGUAGGCAACCCAAAGCUGCAGAAACAUACGAAAAUAUUCAGAUGGAUCACGCCAAAGACACAAUUAUCGACUUGAUGAAUGAUCCAGACCAGUAUGGUAUUCAUGCCAGGAGGUAUGCUGCUGCUGUAAUACAGAAGAUUGCAUAUGGCAAAACAUCGCCUACCUCUGCUGAUGAUCCUGAGGUUCAGCAACAUAUCCCUUGGUAUGGUCGCCAGUUGAAGCAAUGGCAAAAGGAAGAUUGUCAGCUCUAUACUGGCCAGCUUAACAAGGUCAAGAAACAGCUAGAUGACAAUGUAGACGUGGGGCCUUCAUUUGGGAAAUAUCUACUUGAGAACAAGUCAGAAUAUGGACUAACAGAAACCGAAAUGGCCUACCUAGCAGGUGGCUUAUUCGCUGCUGGCUCUGAUACGACUGCUCUCGCGAUCUGUAUCAUGAUUGUAUCUGCCGUAGUGCAUCCAGAGGCUCAGGCUAAAGUACAAGCAGAGCUUGAUUCCGUAGUAGGUCUGCAAAGGGCUCCUACGUUUGCAGACGCAGAUAACCUUCCACAACUUAAGGCAUUUAUCUUGGAAACUUUCCGGUGGAGACCUAUCACCUCUUCAGGUCUAUCUCACCGUGCCAACAAGGACAUCAUCUGGGGGAACUAUCUCAUCCCUGCUGGCACAACUGUGGUCGGAAAUCACUGGUCUAUUUCCCGCGAUCCUGAUGUAUAUCCCAACCCGGACAGCUUCCAACCUGAAAGAUGGUUGAAUGGUGAAGGGAAGAUAAAAGACGACCUCAAGUUUCCCACUUACGGUUUUGGAAGACGAGUGUGUGUUGGACAGCAUGUCGCCAACAGAUCUGUAUACAUCAACACUGUACUUAUCCUCUGGGCCUUCCGACUUUCUCUUCGGGAUUCUUCAGAGCAGGUCAAUGACAUGGCCUUCAUGAUGGGAACUAUUCCACCAGUAACGCCAAAAAUAUCUUUCGCAAAGAGGAUGGACGAGGACAAGCUGAGAUACAUGAUGGAAACAUACACGGAAGGACUGUAG